UUCGGUAGUGAGAUUUCGACAAAAACCCCGUACUUCAAUAAACGCUCCCAAAACGUUCAUCUUUCAAUGAAGUACCCAAUAACAUAUUGAAAUGUAACAGACUCACAAAGGAUCAGGGAAAUACCGGCAAAAAGAAUGGGUGAUAUCGCUAAAUUGCUUUAAAGACAGAAGAUAAAAUGAUCUAUUUAGAAAUAGGCAAUACCUAGGGACCAUGGAUGAUUACAAAAUGAUUUAGUGUAAUGUAACCGUAAAUCAAGAUUACGGCGACUCCCGUAGAUAUUUGAUUUAUCACGAAUACAUCGGCCUAGUGAACGUGUUACUGUUAACGUUAUCAUUUCACGCGGUACAAUUGUUGGAGUCAAAGUUCGCACGUCACGUGAAAAAGACGACAGUGAACGGACUAAGAGGCGUUUCUGGUACAAGCGUAACAUUACGGAUCAAUACUGAGAUUGCAUGGUGAAAAUAAAUACAGCACCACGAUGAUUUGCUAGGUGUUUUGUCAGACUCCACAAAUAUGGAGGAAAACAAACCAAAAGCAGCUCGAGUUGCGAAGGGAACUACAGCUUCUUCCUCCGCUCGAGGAGCGAAACGAACCACCCCGGCUUCAUCCUUAGGUUGUGUAGCGAAAACAACUACAACUAUUCCUUCAUGUCCAGGAGCAAUAUCAAAUAUAGCAUCCUCAGAUCGAGACGCGAUAGAAACGACAGCUUCAUCAGAAGCACGAGGAGCGAAAGGAACUACAACUUUAUCACAAGCACGAGGAGCGAUUGAAACUAUAGCGUCAUCAGAAGUACGAGGAGCAAAAGGAACUAAAACCGCAUUACCAGCACGAGGAUCGAAAGGAACUACAACUUUAUCACUAGCACGAGGAGCAAUAGGAACUACAACUUUAUCACCAGCACGAGGAGCGAAAGAAACUACAGCUUCAUCACCAGCACAAACUGCGAAAGGAUCUACAGCUUUAUCACCAGGACGAGGAGCACAACGGACAACAGCUUUAUCAGCAGCACGAGGAGCGAAAGGAACUACAACUUUAUCACCAGCACAAGGAGCGAAAGCAACUACAACUUUAUCACCAGCACGAGGAGCGAAAGGAACUACAACUUUAUCACCAGCACGAGGAGCGAAAGGAACUACAACUUUAUCACUAGCACGAGGAGCGAAAGGAACAACAGCUUCAUCAGUAGCACGAGGAGCGAAAGGAACUAAAACUCUAUCAGCAGCACGAGAAGCGAAAGGAACAACAACUCUAUUCUCACGUCAAGGAACGAUAGGAACUAUAACUCUAUCCUCCGGUCAAGGAGCAAAAGGAAAUUCUUCAAGUCAAGGUGCGAAACAAACUAAAUAUUCAACCUCAAGUCAAGGAGUGGAAGCAACUACAUCAUCAUCCUCAAGUCAAGUACCGAAAUCAACUACAUCAGCAUCCUCAAUUCAAGGAGUGAAAGCAUCUACAUCAGCAUCCUCAAUCAUGAAAUCGACCGUCAUGGACGGAAGUGACGUUCUUAAUGCAAAUACUGAAGCAGGUGUGCGCGAAGUGAUAGCACACACAAUAAAAGGGAAAGAGGACAUUGAAUCGACCGUACUGGACGGAAGUGACGUUUUAAAUGCAAAUACUGAGGCGUGUGUGCGCGAAGUGAUAGCACACACAAUAAAAGGGAAAGAGGACAUUGAAUCGACCGUACUGGACGGAAGUGACGUCCUCAAUGUAAAUACUGAAGCAGGUGUGCGAGAAGUGAUAGCACACACAAUAAAAGGGAAAGAGGACAUUGAAUCGACCGUACUGGACGGAAGUGACGUCCUUAAUGCAAAUACUGAAGCAGGUGUGCGAGAAGUGAUAGCACACACAAUAAAAGGGAAAGAGGACAUUGAAUCGACCGUACUGGACGGAAGUGACGUCCUCAAUGUAAAUACUGAAGCAGGUGUGCGAGAAGUGAUAGCACACACAAUAAAAGGGAAAGAGGACAUUGAAUCGACCGUACUGGACGGAAGUGACGUCCUUAAUGCAAAUACUGAAGCAGGUGUGCGAGAAGUGAAAGCAUACACAAUUAAAGGGAAACAGGACAUUGAAUCGAGCGUACUGGACGGCAGAGAAGAACUUUCUGCUCUUGUUGACGUUGCAAAAAGAGAAAUUCAAAAUUCCAAGACAAAGAUGGAUGAAGGGAAUUACCAAUCGCAAUGCAAAGAACUGAUCGAACGUACGAAGAGGCUUUACGGAGACAACUUAAAUCAAGUAACCAUAUCCCCAUUGAAUGACUACAAACAUGAAAAAUUAGGCAAUGUCUAUAUGCCGCCAAAAAUUGUUCACAUGUGCGAGGACAAUGGUGUGUUUAAGAAAACAGAAAGACAUGUUACACAGUACAAGGAUGUGUUUUUCAAAGAUGACAAAGUUAACCCACGAAUAUUUCUUCAAGGAGAGGCGGGGUCUGGAAAGACAACAUUUUUAGCAAAGUUGGCCCUAGAAUGGUGUAGAGAAUCACAUGUUUCUAGUGCAUCGGAUAACAGCUCACUUUUCUUUAAUGAUGUCGACGUUGUGCAAAGCUUUGUGUUCGUUUUCUAUAUUACAUUGAGAAAUUCGGUAAAACAAUUCGACGUAUAUACAUUGAUUAAAGAGCAAAUAAUAGACUCUAUAUACUCCUCACAGGAAGACCGUGAGCAGGCUUACAGACUAUUGAAUGAGAUCAUGAAACGUGAACGUUGCUUGGUACUACUUGAUGGUCUAGAUGAGUGGACCGGACCUGGAGAUCAUCACAACCUACCGACAUUGGUACUAGAACAGAGCCAAUGUGUGCUGUUAUUUUCAACACGACCUUGGAAAUUGACUGUAGUUAAAAAUAUGCAUUUGGACAGAUACACAUCCGUGCAUCUGGAAGGAAUAAACAAGCCGUUUGAGUUCAGCAGAAUAAUCCUGAGCCGCUUGGUAGAUAAGGAUGAGCUUGAAUUAAAAUACUCAGCAUUUGAGCAGUACAUAGAGAAACAAGAGCUCGGCGAAUUACUGUCAUCUCCAAUGAUGCUCUCUGCCAUUGUUUGUUCAUAUGCAGAGGGAAUAGAAUUCAAAGGCUCAAAGUGUGAAAUAUACACCCUUUUAGUGGAAAAUCUUUUUAAGAAAGCCAACAGUAACACGUGUACAUUCCAACAGUCCCCCUUUCCGUGCUUCAUACGGACUGAAUACAUACAGCCAAAUUUGGAACAACUGGAUCGUCUUGCUAAAAUGGCCUUUCAUUUGUUGUUUGUUAAUGAUAAGGAAAAUUCAAUAAUGUUCAAAAUUACAGAAUUAAAGAAAUUCAAGAUUGCUGAAUACAAGGAUUUUGCAUUAAAAUCCAGGAAUUUUAUCGGCACAACAAACUGCCUCUGCACUGCGAUCAUCGUCAUCAUUUAUGUUUAUCCACUUGAGCAUGCAGGAAUUCCUUGCUGCUUAUCAUAUCGCCCGCAAUACGAAUCUUAUUGAUGGUAGUAUUUCUGUCUACCUUAACCGUCACCCGGAAGCCUAUCUCGACAUAUCACAGGUGUUUAUAUUCCUGUGUGGACUGGAUGUAUCAUGUGCGGAAAAGCUAUCAAGCAUGAUGGAUGAACGCAUUGCUUUGGAUACAUACCAUUUUUCACACGGUCACAGAAUGUUAAAAAAAAUCAUACUUGCAGGGUUGAGAGAAGCUAAUGCAAAUGGAUAUCCCGACAUUGCCCUUAAACUCAGUCACUUCUUCUUCGAUAACAACAAUAUCAUUGACCAUCAUAAGAUUUGGGAAAAUAACGCGGCUAAUGC